AAUGAGGAGCCUGAAUCUGCACGCAGCUCUCAUAUUCCUGACGCUGGUAUCAAGCGAGUUAACCAAAGUGUCAGCAAUCCGCUGUUACGAUUGCAGCGACUCCAAUCCACACUGCAGGGACCCGUUCCCGCAUAAAAAGGACUACAGUGUCUUAACGAGGGACUGCGCUCACGGAUGCAUUAAACAAACACGACACGAAAAAACAACACAACAUAUCGAGCGAGGCUGCGCAGACGAAGAUAGAGACCAAUGCUUUUGGGACGAACCGAAGUCAGGAGAAAACCUCCACGUGUGUUAUUGCACAACGACCCUGUGCAACACUGGAACGAGGCCAAGGUCAAGGUCGACAUAUAGCCUCGUUUGGACAGCAGCUUCUAUCCUGAUUGCAGGAUUUUAUAUAUAA